UUGGAUCUACUUCCGGGUGAAACUGGGCUAAGGUCACUUGGAUCGGCGCUUUCGCUCUGACAGACCGCACCGACUGCAAACAGACAUGGUUUUCCUCUCGUUGUCUUGUUGGAUCAGAAGCCGCGGGCCCGACAGAUACUGGAAAGUUCAAGAAGUCCUCAAACAUGCGCGGCACUUCAGAGGCAGGAGGAACCGCUGCUACAGUCUGGCGGUGCGGGCGGUCAGGAGGGCUUUCGUCUACGCCACAAAAUCUCGCAGGAUUAAGAAACGCAACAUGAGGACGCUCUGGAUUACACGUAUUGCAGCAGCGUCACGAGAGCACGGCAUGAAGUAUCCUGCCCUCAUGCACAAUCUUACAAAGAGCAGCGUUCAGCUGAACCGACACGUCAUCAGUGAUCUGGCCAUCACAGAACCUCGGACGUUCCUCUCACUUGCCAAUCUUGCAAGGGCUCGGCAACAAGAAGGCUUCCGCGCAGCGCUGGGUGACGGCAAAGAGCCUCCCGGCGUCUUCUCCCGUGUUGUCUUCCUACAGUGAAGUGCUUGCUGCAGUAAUGUAUUUCCAGCUGCUGUGUGGUUUAGAGAGCAGCGCCCCUGGGUUGCUGAGGAUCCUGCAGCACACAAACAUACAGACACACACACACACACACACACACACACACACACACACACACACACCUCUUUUUUUCAUAUAAUCACAUAUGGAUAAUUUAGUUUAUCACCCUUCUUGAUCAGUAUACCAGAGUUGCGAUAUGGUUUAAAUGACCCACAGUGAGACCAGGCCUGGUGGGUUCACUGGCUGAACAAAGAGCUGACAGUUAUGUGAUGAUUGCCUGAUCUGUGUCUCGUGCCUGCAUGUCCCACAUAGAUCAUCUCCACACUGGUCUUUGGUUUCAAAGAGAACCUCUCCUUAAUAAUGCUAACCUGUUAUAGAGCUGCCAACAGAUCCACGUCCCUGAAGUAGAAAGGGAUGUAAUUUCUCAUUCAAGGACACUUUACCAGGAAAGAUGAUUGCUGUUGAAGUGCCUUUGUCCCUGAUCUUCAAGGACAGUUCCUGUGGCCCCCCUGCUGCAAGUUUGCUUUUCAAGCGGUGUUCAUCCACGAGAAGCGUUCUGACAAAUUCCUCAGUAUUUGGUAUAAUCUGACAUUUAACACCAUAGCAACUGUUUGUCUGCACACAAACCAGCUCCUGCUACGUUCACUGACUUCAGUCCAACAUACUAUAGCAAUGUUCCUCAGCUGAUUUUCAUUUCUAUAACUUUUCCUGUGUAAACAAUAUGCAACCAUUGUUAAGUUAUGAUUUGAUGCUUUUGGAUUUGGAGGAUUUUUUUGGGGAGGUUGGAAAGAAAAGAGUGACCUCAAGCUUUAUCGUGAUGACUUUUGUCUGUGUAAAUAUGUAUUUUACCCUUUUGUUGUGGUGAAGUUGUCCUCAUAAUGUUUAGUUCAUUAAACAUUUUGAUAUAUA